GCUUCAGUGCCACACACGGGCAAUGACACAGGACGCGUCUCCUAUCUUUCACUGCCUCCAACAGUAUGCGAGGCUCGGACCGACAUGACAGCGAACAGCCGAGGGACCAAAGCCGCUCCUCCUGCGCUGCAGCGGCGGCUGUCAGGAGCUGGAGUCCGGUUGCUCCGGUACGCCGUUCUGGUUGCGGUGUGCGCGCUUUGCUACAGUAACGCUCUCUGGGGAGAGUUUGUGCAUGAUGAUAUAUGGGCCAUCACUAACAAUCCAGAUGUCAGACCCGGGUCCACCCUCUGGAGCAUCUUCACCAAUGACUUUUGGGGCAAAAGGAUGGCUGAUAACACCAGCCACAAAUCCUACCGGCCACUCUGCAUCCUCACUUUCAAGUUAAACAUUUUGCUGGGCGGCAUGACUCCGUUUUACUUCCACCUGGUGAACGUGUGUCUACACUGCAUGGUGACGGCACUGCUCAUGCACACCUGCGAACAGUGUGUGUUCGAGGACAGCAACCUCUCCUUCCUCACCGCCCUCCUCUUCUCUGUCCACCCCAUUCACACUGAAGCAGUGUCUGGGAUUGUUGGCAGAGCAGAUGUGUUAACCAGCAUGCUGUUCCUCUUGGCCUUUCUCUCCUAUAUUAGGAGUGUGUCAGUGAGCAGAAUUGCUGACGCUUUCCCUUCAACAGUGUCUGUCUCUUCACUGGCUCUCAGUCUGUUUUUGGGCACCUGUGCCAUGCUGGUAAAAGAGACUGGCAUCACAGUUUUUGGAGUGUGCAUUCUCUAUGAUUUCCUGGUGAUCUGCCAUAAGCCACUCAUUUUGCACUUGUCACGCUCCAGGUUGAAAGAGCUCAUCAGAAUAUCUUUCCCAUUCAUCAAACGUGCCUGUGUGGUCGCCUUACAUGUCACAGUCAUCAUGUCUUUUCGCUUAUGGUUGAUGGGUGGAUCCAUGCCACUGUUUUCAGAGCAAGACAAUCCGGCUUCCUUCUCUCCGUAUCUGCUCACCAGGUUUCUCACAUACUGCUAUCUGCUCUCCUUUAAUGCCUGGCUGCUUCUGGCUCCCAUAGUGCUUUGCUAUGACUGGCAGGUGGGAAGCAUUCCGUUAGUGGAAUCUCUAUGGGACGAACGGAAUAUUGCUUCCCUGAUGUUGGCUCUGGUCAUGCUUGUAUUGAGCCUGCGAUGCAUUACACUACUACAGCAGAUGGAAGGGAAGGAGGUGUUGGUGGGCAUGCUGUACCUGGUCUUUCCCUUCAUCCCAGCCAGUAAUCUGUUCUUCCGUGUGGGAUUUGUGGUGGCGGAAAGAGUUCUCUACAUGCCCAGUAUGGGCUACUGUGUUCUGGUAGUGCAUGGACUGAACAGACUUUAUUCAGUGGUCAAUCGAUGGGGAGCGGCCGCGCUCACUGUGUCCAUGCUGGUUGUCCUCCUCCUCUUCUCCUGGAAGACCGUCCAACAGAAUGAAAUCUGGCUCUCCAGAGAAGCGUUGUUUAGGUCUGGCAUUAAGACGUUACCUCACAAUGCAAAAGUUCAUUACAACUAUGCCAACUUUCUGAAGGACAGAGGGCGAAACCAAGAAGCCAUUUACCACUAUAAAACUGCCCUCAGACUGUACCCUCGACAUGCCAGUGCACUGAAUAAUUUGGGCACCCUGACUCACCAAGCAGAGGAGGCUGAAAUGUAUUACAGGAAAGCGCUGGACAUUAACCCUCAGCACAACAGAGCUCUCUUCAACCUGGGCAACCUUCUCAAGUCUCAGGGAAAGGAAGAAGAAGCAGAGAGGAUGCUGAAAGAAUCGAUACGAUUCGGUCCACAUUUUGCUGAUGCCUACUCAAGUCUCGCCUCUCUAUAUGCUGACCAGGGACGUUCAAAAGAAGCAAAUGAAGUUUAUUCAAAAGGUAUUGAGAACUGCCCCGACAGUUCGGACCUCCAUAAUAACUUUGGGGUUUUCCUGGUAGACACAAGUCAUGGAGACCGUGCCGCCUUUCAUUACCAGGAAGCUGUUCGUCUCAAGCCAGCUCACUACGUUGCCAUGGUGAACCUGGGCCGCCUUCUUCGGUCGUCCAAUGACAAUAAAGAGGCGGAGUUAUGGUACAAAAGGGCCCUGCAAGUGGUUCGUAAGGUGGAUAUCCUGACCCCGCUGGGGGCUUUGUACUAUAACACGGGUAGAUAUGAAGAGGCACUGGAGGUUUACAAAGAGGCAGCCACACUGCAGCCAGACAGCACUGACAUCUGGCUCGCACUGGCGCAGGUUUUAGCCAUGGCAAGUCGCUCUACAGAGGCAGAGAAAAUGACCCUGGGCAUCAUUUCAAAGACCAGCAACUGCAUUGAAUGUUACCGCUUGUUGUCUGCCAUCUAUAGCAAACAAGGAAAUCACACUGAGGCAUUGGAUGCAUUAAAAACAGCACUGCUGCAGGAACCAUCAGAUCCUGCAGUGAGAUCAGAGCUGCACUUCUCCAUGGGCAACCAGCUCAGAGAGAUGAACCAACUUGACAAAGCCUUCCAGAGUUACAAGCUUGCUGUUGAUCUCAAUCCUGACCAGUCACAAGCUUGGAUGAACAUGGGCGGCAUUCAGCACAUCAAGGGAGACUAUGCAUCAGCGAGAAGGUACUACCAAAGAGCUCUUCUACUCUCACCCGGUUCCAAACUGCUGAAGGAAAAUCUGGCCAAGCUGGACAGACUAGAGAAAAAACUGCAAGGGGCCUAGAAGAGCAGCUUGACUUGAACUGUUGGCCAAAUCACAGGGGACAUGUAACCAAGAGAGAGAGAGAAGAGUGGGCAGAGGGUGAACUAAGACAUGCUAACUACAGUUUGGACUCCGGAGAUGAUAAAUGACUACUUCUUUCCCUCCUCAGUUUAUAAGAGGGAGUCUAGGACUAAACUAAUCCAAAAGACUGGCAUUUAUAGCCUUUAUAUCCAGGACUGGACCAUGGAGAUACAAUUGACCUCAGCACCAUAUUUCACUCUCAAAGCCACUUUAUGGCCCCUUUAGACUACGUCCACACAGCAGCAGAAUACAGUUGUCCUGUUUUGGACUGCUGAGUAUAGUUACGUUUACACACAGUAACGCUAACACAACUGACAAGAGCGUCUCUCUGAUUUGACUGUAGAGCGUUUGUAGGGUCCCUUUUACAUGAAUGGGUUUUUUUUUUAUUUCUCACCAUCAGGUGUUUAAGCAGUAGAAAAAUCUCUGAAAGUGAUUUUGCUCAGAUUUCGACUGUACCCUAGCCGUUCCGCUUGACCACUCCAGCUCCGCUCUGCUUCACUGAUUGCAAAGCUUUGCAGACAAAUGCUCAGAGUUAUCAGAGAUGACUGGCGCUGCGACUGUGCUCCAUUAACAUGGCAGAGCCUUUGAAGGUUGUCUGCUUGUAUUUUGCAUCCAUGUUUUUUUAUUGUUGUUUUUUUAUAAGUGGUUUAAAUGAAGGAAUGAUUCAUUGUGUGCUUUAUUUUAUCUUUUUUGUAUUGCAUAUGCAAUCAGUAUUGUGGAAUGUAUCAUGGACUAAAGGCGUAUUGACCUGUGCAGUGAGUUACAUAUCAAUGCAAUUUUUUUUCCUCAAGCUAGAAGAUUGAAGGCUCUUUACAUUCUAAUAAUAUCAUACAUAUAUUAUUUUGAUAUUAACAUUUUAUUGAUUAAAAUAAAUAAAACAGGAUUGAAGAAACAGUACAUACACACACAGAAUCAAAUUAUAAGAAAUUAUAUGUCCCUCCCCCUAAAUACCCCCCACUACAUCUAGUUGUCCAACACAAAAUGAAAGUAUACACACAUGGAAAUACAAAAAAAAAUAAUAAAUAAUAUUCAAAAUUUAAAACAGUCAAGAGGAAACACUUAAGACAAAAUAAAAUCACACGUAUACCCACAAAUCUCCCUCCACUGCCCGUCCCGAGAACCUUCUAAAAAGGCAAAAUAGUUGCCCCAUUUUUUAUUAAAUAACUCCAUAUUACCUAGCCUUCUAUAUUACAUUCCUUCAAAUGCCGCUACCCUGCCCAUCUCUGUAUGCCACAUAUUGAUGAGACGCCUAAUGUUAUCAGAAGAGCUACGGUCCUGAAUAAACCCCACCUGAUCUAUAUGUAUAAGAAUUGUCAUAACUGUGCUUUAUCGGUUAACCAAAAUGUUUGACAAUAUUUUAACCUCUAACAGGAUCAGGGAAAUUGGAUGGUAACUCUUGCACUCUUUGUCCUUUUUAAGAAUCAGACUGAUCCGGGCGUGUGUCAUGGUUGGAGGAAGCUUUCCAUUCUUUAAUGAUUCCGUAUAAACUUCUAGCAAAAGGUGAGCCAGUUCUGUAGCAUAAGAUCUAAAACAUUCAGCUGCAAAGCCGUCUGGCCCUGUUGCCUUGCCUUAAUUACCUCACCAAGUUCCUCCAAGAAUCAAGAGAAUUUUUUUUGCUCAGUCGUCAGUUUAGGAAGUUCUAAUGGUCAAAUCGACCCCCUGGUCCACGGCCUGUCCAGGGGUGUCAGCUUGAGCACGUAAAUGUCUUUUAAUGUCUCCAGAGCCUGAUGAUUUUGAACUCAUUUACAUAUUGUCCACCUAGAACUGUUAUGGAACAAAGUGUGUUUUCUCACCGGUUUAUGUCAUAAAAGGUAGUAAAACUAGCAAAGUGUGCAGAACUUGCCGUUCACACAUCCAAACCUUGCAUGGCAUCAUGUGACUUUCAUACAUAUAUUCUUGAACUUGGUCUCCACAACAUUAAAUUUAGUCCUAUUUUCAGUGACCAGAAUUUGUCGUGCGGAUCUCUUGAUUACACUGUAAUCUUUGCACUUACAUUUGUUUGCCAUAGGAGCCAUCAUGAGGAACAUUUCUUGAAUUAAGCAGCCCUGCUAAACAUUUCUUAGAAGAAACCAAUGUGAAGUAAUGUAUGAAUGUUUAAUAAAUAUUAUCC